AUGUCGGGAAAUGUAGAGUUUUUAGCUGUACUUCUUCGCAAGUAUCCUGAUCUAUUAUGGGAAGUUGAUGAAAAAGGUAGAAGUGUAUUUCAUGUCGCAGUUGUGCAUCGGCAAGAACAUAUAUUUAAUUUGAUAUAUAACAUAGGAACCAUGAAAGAUUACAUAGUAGGAAAUGAUGACAAGGAUGGUAACAACAUGUUCCACUUAGCUGGAAUGUUGCCACAUGUCGAAAGACUUGGAGCACCACGUGCAAAUCUUCAGAUGCAACGAGAGCUAUUGUGGUUUAAGGAAGUGGAAAAGAUUGUUCGACCUUCGCAGAGGUAUAUGAAAAAUUCAGAAGGGAAGACACCAAGAGAAAUAUUCAUUGAGACACAUGAACGUUUACUUAAAGGUGGGAAAGAAGACAUGAAGGAGACAUCCAAUUCAUGCAUGCUUGUAGCAACUCUCAUUUCUACCGUGGUGUUUGCUGCAGCCCUCACUGUACCUGGUGCCAGCAGUAAUAUAACAAACACUCCAUUUUUCAGUAAAGACCAGUGGUUUAUGAUUUUUAUCCUCUCAAAUGCAGUCUCACUCUUCACUUCGGCAGCUUCAAUAGUCUUGCUGCUCUCCCUUCUUACUUCAAGCUACUCAGAAAGUGAGUUUGUCACGUCAUUGCAUGCAAGGUUGAUGUUCGGGCUCCCAACACUCUUCUUUGCCAUAACAACCAUGGUCUUGGCCUUUAUUGCUGCCAUCUUUCUAAUCUUUGACUACAAAUUUGUUUGGGUUCCAUAUCUUCUUGCCUCACUAGCCAGUGCCCCUGUGAUUUUGUUUAUUGUGUUACAUUUUAAUCUUUGGGCUGACCUGAUCCGCUCCUACUACUGGUCAAAGUUUUUAUUCCAGCGGAGCAAGUACAAAAUUUUCUAG